GGCCACGGUCUCUUUCUUUUCAACCACGUGGACCUGGUAAUAUCAGAGCAGCGGAAUUUUUGGCCAAUUUCAUGUAACGAAAUGUCGGAAACUUCAGAAGACGAGCAGGCGCAGCUGCAAACCAGCGACGAAGAGGAGGAGGACCUAAGUGGCGAGGAGGAGGAAGAAGACGAGGGCAGCGAUGAAGCGCAACAGAGUGGCGACGAAGAUGGAGCAAGUGGCUCCGCGGAAGAGGAAAACGAUGAUGAUGACCAAGCCGAGGAACAGAAGCUGACCUGGAAGGAUCUCGGCCUCAACGAGACUUUGUGCAAGGCCUGCGACGAACUGAAGUGGAAGGCGCCUUCAAAGAUCCAGCGCGAGGCCAUACCGGUGGCCUUGCAGGGCAAGGAUGUGAUAGGCCUGGCCGAAACGGGCUCCGGAAAGACAGGUGCCUUCGCUCUGCCCAUUUUACAUGCUCUCCUCGAGAACCCGCAGCGAUAUUUUGCCCUGGUACUGACGCCCACACGUGAACUGGCCUUCCAAAUCGGCGAGCAGUUCGAGGCUCUCGGAAGCAGCAUUGGGAUCAAAUGCUGCGUGGUUGUCGGCGGCAUGGACAUGGUGGCCCAGGGUCUGCAGCUGGCCAAGAAGCCGCACAUUAUCGUAGCCACACCAGGUCGCCUUGUGGAUCACCUGGAAAACAUGAAAGGGUUCAAUCUGAAGGCCAUCAAGUACUUGGUAAUGGACGAGGCGGAUCGUAUUCUCAAUAUGGAUUUCGAGGUGGAACUGGACAAGAUCUUGAAGGUGUUGCCACGCGAGCGACGCACGUUUUUGUUUAGCGCCACCAUGACCAAGAAGGUCAAGAAGCUGCAGCGUGCCUCUCUCAAGGAUCCCGUUAAGGUGGAGGUUUCCAACAAGUAUCAGACGGUGGAGCAGCUGCAGCAGUCUUACCUCUUCAUCCCGGUCAAGUACAAGGACGUGUACUUGGUGCACAUACUCAACGAACUGGCGGGCAACAGCUUUAUGAUAUUCUGUAGCACGUGCAACAACACUGUGAAGACUGCCUUGAUGCUCCGGGCCCUGGGGCUGGCCGCCAUUCCCCUCCACGGUCAGAUGUCCCAGAACAAGCGCCUGGCCGCCUUGAAUAAGUUCAAGGCCAAGAACCGUUCCAUACUCAUCUCCACGGACGUGGCCUCGCGCGGUCUCGACAUCCCCCAUGUGGAUGUGGUGGUGAAUUUCGAUAUACCCACGCACAGCAAGGACUACAUCCAUCGGGUGGGACGAACGGCGAGAGCGGGACGCUCGGGCAAGGCCAUCACCUUGGUCAGUCAGUACGACAUCGAGCUGUACCAACGCAUCGAGCAUCUGCUGGGCAAGCAGCUGCCUCUGUACAAGUGCGAGGAGGACGAAGUGAUGGCUCUCCAAGAGCGCGUGGCUGAGGCUCAGCGCACGGCCAAGCUGGAGCUGAAGGAUCUGGAGGAUACCAAGGGUGGCCGUGGGCACAAGCGCGGCGGGGACAACCAUGAUGAUUCGGAGCACUUUGCGGGUGCCCGAAAGCGCAUGAAGCCCAUGGGUGGCGGUGGUGCCAAGGGAGGAGGUGGUGGUGGUGGCGGAAAGAAAAGCUUUGGCAAAAAGAACUGGAACAAGGGUGGCAAGCCAAGAAGAUAGUUUUGAUAUGCAUUAUAUACUUAAGACUCGAUUUUAUUUAAAGCUACUUUAAUUCCAUAAUAAAACAAAAAAAAAAUAAUUAUACGGUA